AUGCUGGUCCUCUCUGUCUACAUCCUGACCUUCCUUGUGGGCUUCCCGGCCAACGUCUUCACCUUCGCCGCCCUCUUGGGCAAGGCCCGUCGGCGCGUCUCCUCCUCCGACAUCCUUCUCCUCAACCUGACGGCUGCCGACCUUCUCCUCCUCCUCUUCCUCCCGUUCAAGAUGGUUGAAGCAGCCACUGACAUGACCUGGCCCUUACCGGUUUUCCUCUGCCCGGUGGCCAACUUCUGCUUCUACUCCAGCAUCUAUCUCAGCAGCCUCUUCCUGACAGCCCUCAGCGUCGAGCGGUAUCUUGGCGUCGUCUUCCCCCUCCAAUACAAGGACCGGAGGAGACCGCGGUGGGCGAUAGCCGCCAGCGUCGUCCUCUGGCUCUUGGCCUGUUCCCAUUGCUCCAUCGUCUUCGUGGCCCAGUAUCACGGUGGUAGGAACCAGCCCGCGGCCAACAGGGCCGUGGUCAUCAGCUCCGAUGGCCCCAAGAUGUCUAACCCCGACGGCUUUGACCCCAACAACUUGACCGUCACCGGUCCUGAUGGCUUCAACUCCAACGGCUUCAGCAUCUCCAACCCUGGAUACUCCGUCGCUGACGGCUUCACCCGCAAUAGCUCUAAGAUCUCCGCCGCUGACGACUUCAACCCCGGCAGUUCUGAGACCUCCAGCCCCAACGUCAUCCAUCCCCGGGUCUUCAAGAUCUCCGACCGUGGCGACUCCGAGACUACCCACGGUGCCACCUCCACCCGCGGGGGCUCCAGGAUCGCCAAGCCCAGCAGCCCCCUCUCCAAAAUCGCCACCCCCAACAGCGCCGACAUCCAGGACAGCUCCAGCCCCAGCGAUGCCUCCCAGACCUCCGACAUCCCCAGUUCGUCCCCUCCCAGCGUCCCUGAUGGCUCCAACGCCACCACCGCCUACAAGUGCUACGACGACUUCACCGGGGACCAGCUGAGCUUCGUCCUCCCGCUGCGCCUGGAGCUCUUCCUCGUCCUCUUCCUCCUGCCCUUCACCGUCACCAUCUUCUGCUACAUUAACUUCGUGCAGGCUCUCCUCGCCUGGCCAAAUAUCCCACUGGAGAAGAAGCAACGGGCCGUGGGCUUGGCCGUGGCCACCAUGGUCAACUUUGGGGUCUGCUUCAUGCCCUACAACAUCUCGCACCUGGUGGGCUUCGUGGAGAAGAGGAGCCCGGGGUGGAGGGUCUACGUUUUGCUCCUCACCAGCCUCAACGCCGCUCUUGACCCGCUCAUCUUCUACUUCUCCUCCACGGCGGUGCAGAGGGCCGUGGCCGGGGUGGCGGCGGCCGCGCGGGACAAGCUACGGGUCGCGGUGGGCUGGUGUUACAGGGCAUAUUCUCCUGAAGCCUCCCAGAAUGAAUCCGAGGGCUCGUUGACAUGA